UCCUCUCUCUCUCUCUCUCUCUCUCUAUCUGAUUCUCUCCUCCUUCAUCUUCCAUCAAUUAUUACCCUCAAUUUUCGCCCCUUUUUCUACUCCUGCCCUAAAUUCUACCCACCCCCCCAAUUUUCUUUUAUUGUUUUCUUUUUCUUUAGGGUUUUCACGAUCGUCUCUGUCCAAGAUUCAAUCUGAAUUCUCCCUUCUGUAAAGAUCGUCUGUUCGGGGAAUCUUUUUCGGGGUUUCAGGACGUAUUUCAUCCAAGGAGAUGAGCUUUCAGGAUCUGGAAUCGGGUCGGGCUAUUGGGUCUCGUCGGGAUUACUCCAAUGGGAAACAAGACCCCACUCAGGCCGUCGCUUCUGGGAUUUUCCAGAUCAACACCGCCGUCUCCACCUUCCACAGGCUCGUCAAUACCCUAGGUACCCCAAAGGACACCCCCGAGCUGCGCGAGAAGUUGCACAAGACAAGGCUACAUAUUGGACAGUUGGUGAAAGAUACAUCUGCCAAACUAAAGCAAGCCAGUGAAACAGAUCAUCGCAGUGAAGUCAGUGCUAGCAAGAAAAUCACUGAUGCAAAACUUGCUAAAGAUUUUCAAGCUGUCUUGAAAGAAUUUCAGAAGGCGCAAAGGCUUGCUGCUGAGAGGGAAACAGCAUAUACACCUUUUGUUCCCCAGGCUGUCCUUCCUUCUAGUUAUACUGCCAGUGAGAUAGAUGUUAGUUCAGACAAGAAUCCAGAGCAACGAGCUUUGCUUGUGGAAUCACGGAGACAAGAGGUUUUACUUUUGGACAAUGAGAUUGCCUUCAAUGAGGCUAUAAUAGAGGAAAGAGAGCAAGGGAUACAAGAAAUACAGCAACAGAUUGGUGAAGUCAAUGAGAUUUUCAAGGAUCUUGCUGUUCUUGUUCAUGAUCAAGGAGCUAUGAUUGAUGAUAUUGGAUCAAACAUCGAGAAUUCUCAUGCCGCAACUGCACAAGGAAGAUCCCAACUUGCUAAGGCAGCGAAGACACAAAGAUCAAAUUCAUCUCUGGCGUGUCUACUCCUGGUGAUUUUUGGCAUUGUUCUCCUUAUUGUGAUAAUUUUACUUGCAGCGUGAAGAGAAGAUACUUAAAUUCAAAAAGUCUGCUUGAUAAUGAAGUUGAUCUUUUGUGAAUGCUGUGACAGAAGUUGGCUUGCAACCCAUUAUGGCAGAACGGAGUUCUGGCAAUCACGGAAUAUUAGUUAUAAUACAUGAUAAUUGUGACUGAUAAAAAUGUCUUUAUUAAUGUGGGUUGGGGGGGUUUGUGUUUGAUUGUAAAUGUUAUUUUGUGGGGGCCAAAGGUGUGUUCCUUGCUUGGCAGGUUCUUCCCUGCCAAUAAAACUAGAUUUCUUUAUUGACACUCAAAACAUGUGAGAAUUGAAGUUUACCUCAUUGUUUUCUUCAAGUGGAAGUGAGAGUUGCCUUGUGUGAUGUGGAACUAGAUGUUUGCAAGAUUGAGUAGUGAUUAUUCUUUUGAUAUCUA